GUACUGGUGGCAACUGUUAGGUGUUUUGGCAUGUCAGCGUGCCCGCAGCAAUAGGCUGGACACCAUCACGUAUUUGGACCUGACAAACUUCUCAUGGACUCCACGGAGCUGAGACUGAGUCUUUCAGCCUCAAAUGAUUUAUGCAGCUUGGAGUCUGUGUAAAAUCACUGUGCAUGGGAAGACUGGGAGUACACAGCACCGGCGGAGAGUUCGUGUUCCGUCUGUUCCGCAGGCUCUUCCAGAGAGCUGCUUCCUUCGAGCUUUACAGUGACAAGAUCAGAAUCUAGCGUAGAGGUUAUCUGUGGUACAACGCUGCCCGCAGCAGCGACACCCGGCCGGUCUGUCGUGAGCAAACGAGCCUGGUGGACGACGGAAAUCCGGACGCAGACGCACUCGUCAAGAGUCGCUUCACACAGCAUCGCUAGCUAGCAUAGCAGUAGUAGUGCCAGUGGGAGGAAGACAGCCGGCAUCAUCAUGCCUGCCGCCCAGUCCAGCUCUGCGCACGCGGCGAUAAGCCAACGGUAUGAGGUCAAGGAAACCAUUGGUGCAGGAGGCUUUGCAAAAGUCAAGGCUGGAAAGCACAAGCUAACAGGAAUGCUGGUUGCUAUCAAGAUCAUGGACAAGGCCGGACUAGGCGAGGACUUACCGAGGGCAUUUCGGGAGAUAGAGACACUGAAGUUGCUGCGUCACCAGCAUAUCUGUCAACUUUACGAGGUAGUGGAGACACCUGACAAGCUUUACGUGGUUAUGGAGUAUGCUCCUGGUGGCGAACUUUUUGAUUACAUUGUGGCAAAGGAUCGGCUCAAGGAGCCUGAAGCUAGAAAGUUCUUUCGGCAGAUAUGUUCCGCUGUGGCCUAUGUUCACUCAAAAGGAUUUGCUCAUCGCGAUCUGAAGCCGGAGAACCUUCUACUGGAUGACAAACAGAAUAUCAAGCUGAUUGACUUCGGCCUUGUUGCCAAUCCAUCGUCAUUAGAUGAUCCGCUCCAAACUUGCUGUGGAUCCCCGGCGUAUGCAGCUCCAGAGCUAAUAAAGGGAAGACCUUAUCUAGGGACAGAGGCGGAUAUCUGGAGCAUGGGUGUGCUGCUCUACGCCCUGCUCUGCGGCUUUCUGCCAUUCGACCAUGACAACACGGCCUAUCUCUAUCGAUUAAUACAGGCUGGAAAGUAUGAAGUGCCAAAGUGGCUGUCGACAGCAAGUACUCAGCUAAUCAGUGAACUCCUGGUGACCAACCCGACCCGGCGGCUGACUGUGGACGUACUCAUACAGCACACGUGGAUGAACACCGGGACAUUGAAGCCGGUCGAGUGGUCGUCGCAUUAUGGGGAGGAGGUGGACACGACUGUCAUCCAGGAAAUGGCGCGUGGCUAUGGGCGCAGCGUGGAUGAUAUCUUGGAAGAUGUACAAAAGUGGAGUUUCGACAGCGUCACCGCCACCUACUUCUUGCUACUUCAGAUGAAGCUCAACGGCAAACAGGUGGUGAUGAAGCGCGUGGCAGCAGCGCCGCUACAAGUGCAGAUUCCCAAGCGACCCAUGACGCCCGACCGGCCGCGCAGUCCCGCUCUCAGCCGCCUGCGCUCGGACAGCAUGGACACCACGAGUAUGUACUCCAGCAUGGACAGCUUGCCGGGCAGUGACACCGAGGAGUUUGCUCCGUCGUCGUCCGCUCUGCCGCCGCUCACGCCGCCGACAAAGCGAGGCAAUGCGCUGCACUUUCACAUCACACUGCCCCCGGAAGGCAAGGCAAACGGGCCCGUCGGCAAGAACAUACCCCUGUCGCCACCAACACCUGUGUCAAAGUUCCUGAGAGAUGAAGGCAUUGGCAUCCGUGCACAGCGAUCUCCAUCCAUGGACACAAGCAUGUUUUCACGGACAGAACCAAACAAUUCAGCAAGCUUCAUGUCCGGUGGGGAAGAUGUGUUUUCGAGCAAGGAGGCAGCAGAGCGGUUGAUGCGAGGAAGGGCUCAGUCUAUUGAUGCCUCUUUAGACGAGAUUGGGCGGCGAUCCACUGCAAAGCCGGCAAAGUCCACCGCAGCCAAGGCCACGACGUUAGCGCGAGACGCUGCACCUUCGUAUGCCACGCCAACAAUGUCGCGCCGAGGUACCGGUGCAAAGCUGUCGGACAGCUUUUCGAAUCUCUUUGGCAAGCUGUCAACGAAAAAGGAGCCUCGUAAAGUGAAGGGCCUGUACAACUUCGAGACCACGUCGACAAAGCCAGCUGCACAAGUCCUAUCCGAGCUGGUCCGGGUCGUCCAAGAGAAGAAGAUCGUAUACAAGAUGAAAGGGUAUGUUGUACGCUGCAAAGUGCUGGAUGGCCAAAGGAAAGUCUCGCUGGAGUUCGACAUUGAAAUCUGCCAUCUGCCGCAAAUGGCGAUGAUUGGUAUACAUCGAAAGCGGCUGAAGGGGGACACCUUCGCCUUCAAGAAGGCUUGCGAGGACAUCCUGCAUGCGAUGCACAUCUGAACAUCGGCUGCCGCCGUCAGUGAUGUGAUAAUAUAUUACCAGAUGAAGAGCUGCGGGCCAGCAUUGGCUAGACGUACCGGGUCACAUGACAACAUCCUGUGAAAUUGUAGAUACAGCAAAUAUUUUGCUUUUCUUCUCAUCCGUAUUUCAACAGAUUAUCCUUGUUUAUGGUGUGCAGGCGCUUGUCUUUCUAGUCUGCUUGCACGAAUUGUACAUGAAACAUACACAUAGUGACGAUGCCAUGUGCUGAGCACAGUAAACGCAGUCACACUAUCCCCUGUUGACCAUUUGAUAUGGCUUGUACAUCAUCGCUGCCUUCUGGAAAGGCAUGUACAUGUAUUUCCCCUAUUCCGUUUUCUGUACGAUACCGCAGAGCUGCAGAGCUGAUUAUGUACAAGCAUAGACGCAGCCAGGAUGCUGACAGCGUGCUGUGCAUUCCUACUCAACGUAGCAGUUGAGUUCCUUUCCCAAUAUAUCGGGAGAAAGCGAGAGUGAAGCAUUAGAGCAAAUAUAUUAGUGCCGUGUAUAGCGCAGUCAAUGUUUAUAGCGUAGUCUAUGUUUAUAGGAGAACACUAAAGUAGCAACACUGAAUGCACCUAACCCCCUUUUCAACGCCAGCUCUACCCAACUGUCUCUACUUUCUUUCUCGUUCAAACACAUGGCCAUGUUCAGAUGGCAAGCCUCUUGUGCGUGCUGUUCACAGCAGCACACACGAGACAAUAGAUUCGCCGUGAAAGUGCUAUUUAAACCAGCCGGUGCUAGCAUAGUUUCCAGUGCAUCAAGUCGCUGUAUGUUUUUUUUUUAUAGUUCUGUAUGUAUUCAUGUACAGCAUACUUCAAAGAUUCUAUGUUGAAUUAUGAGACUGUGAACGGA